AAGCACAUCAUAUAUCAUAUAAAUAAUAACAUGCUCUUAACCUGAUACACUUCAACAGGUGCCCUUUGAGAUUUUGUUGAAGAACUUGAAUUUUGAUCCAUUUUCUUAAAAAUCUAAUCGAUCCAUUCGAUCAAACAAUUAGUUGAGUAGAGAGUUGUGUGGAUGAUCUGAUUGGUUGAAUCAAUCUCAUCCGUCAAAUCAUCGGAAGCCAUGGAUGAUUCUGUGACUAGUAUGAUUAGAGCUUUGUACGAAGUGGUAUAUGUCAAAUCAGUAUGCCGAUAUAUGGGAGUGAGUAAGGAUUCCUUUGGGGGAUGGGAAGCCAAGAUUCGUGGUGUCUCUAUUGGCAACUUUGACACGGAAGAGGAAGCUGCUUUGGCGUUUGAUCAUGCGGCAUUUAGGUUAAGAGGUCGAAAUGCUAAGCUUAAUUUUCCCAAUUAUAGUGCUAAAGGUGAAUUAAUGUCUCCUGACCGUCCUUUAACAUCACACGAAAAGCGUGUUGAAAGAGGUGCAGAUGCUAUGGAUUUUGGAAGUGGGUUGUGUGUGGGCGCUGAUACAGGGGAGCUUCUGGCGCAGAGUAACAAGUUUAUUGCACCGGAAGAGAAUGAGGAAGCUAACAUGUUUCAGGCCCAAGAUGGAGCUCAUGCCUUCCAACAGUGUCCAAAUGUGGAAUUUGAUUGGGAUGCUAUAACGCCCCAAGAAGGGGUUGCAGUGGGAAACCAAGGAGAUGCAGUUAAAGAAUUGUAUGGUCAAGAUGAUUGGUAUGCUAUAUAUGCUGAAACUCAGUCUUCAAAUUUUCAAACUGAAAAAUCACCACCUCAUCAAGAAACCAUGGAAAUUGAAGAAGACCGAUUGAUGUUGGAUCAUUCGCAUCAGCUACCAAUAGUGGAAGAUUCUAUGCACAUAAAGGGGCUUAUUGUGGGUGCAGAAAAAGUUGACUCCUACAUUCAUGUUUCACAUAAAACAUGCAUAGCGGAAACAUCAAAAGAAGGGAAACCAUCUGAAAACGAGUAUAGUUAUGAUAUUCGAAGCUCGCAUUUUGGCGGACUACGGGAUGAUGUAACAAACCUUUUUAAUGGGGAUGCAGCUCAAGAAUUGCAUGUUCAAGAUGGGUAUGCGACGAAUGCUGAAACUCAGUCUUCAAAUUUUCGAACUGAAAAAUCACCACCUCAUCAACACACCAUGCACAAAUAUGGGCUUGUUGUGGGUGCAGAAAAAGUUGACUCCUGCAAUCAUGUUUUACAUAAAACAUGCAUAGAGGAAACAUCAAAAGAAGGGAAACCAUCUGAAAACGAGUAUAGUUAUGAUAUUCUAAGCGCGCAUUUUGGUAAACUACAGGAUGAUGUAGCGAAGCAUUUUAAUGUUAGCCGAUCGAAAUUCAAGCGCAUAUGUCGAGACAAUGGUAUUAAAAGGUGGCGGUCUCACAAGAAGAAGCUGGACAGCCGGCGUUCAUCUAAGCUUGGGAGAGUUAGUGAUGAGGACCCGAGUAGAACAGAUUCUUAUUGUCCAGGAAUCCCCCCUCUGCAAGAUACAGAUAUGAUAACUGUGAAGGCAACUUAUAACGAAGUUGCUAUAAAAUUUGAAUUGCUCGAUUCAUCAAGAAUGGUAGACUUGGAAGAUAGUGUGAUUGAGAGGCUGAAAGUGGAGAGAGACACAUUUAGCAUCAAGUAUCAAGAUGAUGAGGGUGAUUGGGUGUUGAUUGCUUGUGACAAGGAUCUGCAGAAUUGUAUAAAAACCUCAAGGUUAUCAGAAAAGACAACUAUUAAGAUGCUGGUAGAUCGGCCUAUCAAACACUACGCAUCUUGAAGCCACUGGGAAAUUUGCAUUCACAUAAUUGCAUUUGUAGCCACUGGGUAUGUUGUUCUUUUGUCAAGUCUCCAAUAGUAGACUAGGUUUGGGACUGGUAGACAAAUACAAGGUUUGUAACUUAGUUCUUGCUUGGUAAGAGUUAUCAACGAAUUAUAUACCAAUUUGAGUAGAUUUAUGGUACAUCUUACUCGUACUGUAUAUGGUUCGGGCCAAGGAAAAACAUAAUGGCCGUUUGGCUAAACUUUUUUUUUGAUUUCACAAAUAAGGAUUUAUUUGUGAAAAAAAGUACAUGAAAUUAAAUACCUCUUUAGCUCUUA